CGUCCAGUCUCCUAGCAACGACGCUUAGACUCGGGCACAGCUCUUUGGAUCCCCACCCGCCACUCUCUACCCACAAUUCCCGUUUUACCAGCCCCUUUGCACCCCUCGAACUCCGGAGCCCCUGCCUCGAUUUACUUUUGUCUUCUACCCUACCUCAUUAAUAAUUGGCCCUGAAUCAACCACUUUCCCUUGUCCUUCGAGUCUCCGAGCUUCUCUCUCCUCAUACCAUCCUGGGUUCCGCCAUACCCGGACUGUCCAAGUUGGUCAGCUUCCCUUCGUUCUAAUCCCAUGCCAGGCCAGUAACCUUUAAAUCAUGCCCGGAGCUAAGCUUGCCCAGAGUCCAGAGGAAGGGGGAGUGUGCAUUACUGAAGCCCUUAUCACUAAGCGGAACUUGGCCUUCCCUGAGGAUGAAGAUCUGUCAGAGAAGAUGUUUCACACUCUGGCUGAACUGCAGACUGUCCGCCUGGACCGGGAGGGGAUUACCACUAUCAGGAACCUUGAGGGCCUCCAGAACAUUCACAGCCUUUAUCUGCAAGCGAAUAAGAUCCAGCGGAUUGAGAACCUGGCCUGCAUCCCCUCCUUGCGCUUCCUGUCUCUGGCAGGAAACCAAAUCAAGCAGGUGGAAAACCUCCGUGACCUCCCACAUCUCCAGUUUCUGGACCUUUCUGAGAACCUGAUAGAAACCCUGAAGCUGGAUGAGUUCCCCCAGAGCCUUCUCAUCCUCAACCUGACUGGAAAUAGCUGCACCAACCAGGACAGGCUCCCCACUCAUGGGUGCUCUCCUGGGGGGCCUCUGCUCUUCCCACCCUGCAGAGAGCUGGUGACAGAAGCCCUGCCGCUGCUCCUGGACCUGGACAAGCAGCCUGUGUUGGAGCGCUGGACCUCGGAUGAGGAGGAGAAAGCCUCGGGCGAUGAGGAGGAGGAGUUCCCGGAGCUGAGUGGCCCGUUCUGCACAGAGCGAGGCUUCCUCCAGGAGCUGGAACAGGAGAUGGGCAGACACAAGGAGUGCAGACAACAGGCAGCCCUGACUGAGCACAUUCUGAGGAUGGAGACAAAGCCCGCCCUCACUGGCCUCCCCCUGCUGCCUGGGGGGCCCAUGGCUAGGGACAGCAGUCCCUCUCUCACUCCCGGGCAAGGGAAGGAGACAUCCUCCAAGCCCGCCUCCUUGCCACAAGCUACCUCUGCCAGCAAGAAACCCUGCCCUCUGGUUUCCAGCCAGCAAAUCACUGUCCCGGCAAAGAAGGGGACCACAGCCCCCAAGGCCUCUGUGGCUGGGGCCUCUAGCACAACCAAAACUGUGACCAAAAGAAUCAAGAAGUGAAGUGCAGCCCGUCCCUACCAGCAAUACCCCAGGAACAAGGAUUGGGGAAGAACAGGGCAUGGGGUGGGGCCUCCCCUCCUUCUCAGACCCCUCCCCUGUGGCAGGAGCCUACCCCAGUAAAAUGUCUCCCAGCCCUGA